AUGCCGAAGUCUUUCGCGAAAGUGCACAAACAUAUUUCAAAGAAGCGCGGUGUGAUUGAUGCACUUCAUGAGAACAGCAGAGAUGCGAAGAGAUUGCGCCGAGCCAACGCAAGGGAUGAUCGAGUAGCCCGAGUCUCAGCAUUGAUGGCCCGUGGAAGACAGUCUUACAUUGAUCGCGUCACGUACUUCCAAGAAACCGUUGCGAAAGAAUCUAAACCGUUCUCAGAAGAUGAUAUGAAGGACUUGGUCGUGCGGUAUGUCUAUGUCAUUACUUUUCCUGCACAGUCGCAUGCUGACACCUGCUUGGCUAGGUAUAUUAACCGUAGCGUCCCUGAGAUCGAACAAUUACAGAGUGAGCGGAGGAAAGGCCGGCCUCCAAGCAAGCGUGAAGAAGCCUUACUACAACGGACAGAGGUCGAGAACAAAGAGUUUAAGACUGGAUUUUGGAUGCCCGAUUUAAGCCAAGAAGCUGUGAUCAAAGGCCUCGCAUCGUGGAACGGAGACUGGUCCAGCCUUAGCAUGAUGAAAUUCAUCAGAAUAACCAAAGAUGGUGGGAAACAGCCGUCGGCUUUUCCACCCAAGGGACUUUCAUGA